AUGUCAACAAUUCACAAAUUUAACCCUAUUUUUGUUUCUCAUGACACACCAAGAACAAUAAUAUUAAAUGAAUAUUCAACAAGAAUGUUUUUUGAAAAUUUCUCAAAGAACAUAUUUGAUGGAAUUAAACCAAAAGCAAUUUUAGUUAUAAGUGCACAUUGGGAAGAAAAUGAUUUUACUAUUCAAACAACAAAAGACCCAAAAGUAAUUUAUGAUUUUUAUAAUUUCCCAGAUGAAAUGUAUAAAUUUGAAUAUCCAGCUAAAACAUGUCCUCAAUUAAUAAACAGAGUAAUAGAAUUAUUUAAAGAUGCGGAUAUAGAGUUAAAAAGGGAUUGUAAAAGAGGUUAUGAUCAUGGUGCAUGGACUGUAAAUAAAUUAAUAUAUCCAGAAGCAGAUGUGCCUAUGGUUCAAAUAUCUUUAAAAUCAAAUUUAAACCCAACAGAGCAUUACCAAAUAGGCAAAGCUCUUAAACCAUUGGUAGAUGAAGGUUAUUUAGUUAUGGGUAGUGGUGGAACAGUGCACAAUUUAGAAGCAUCAAAAGAUCUAUCGAAUCACCAUGAUAGAGCUUGGGCGAUUGAUUUUGAAGAAUGGGUACACAACACACUAACAACUAAAACUGGUAAAGAAAGAGAGGAUGAGUUUCUUAAAUUUGAAUCACUACCAAAUUCAAAUAAAGCACAUCCCACCUACGAUCAUUUUAUUCCGCUAUUUGUUAUUCUAGGUUGUGCCAAAGAUCACUCAGUGUGUAAACGUAUCCAUUGCCAUUGGAGAAAUCCUGUUUUUUGUGCUUCAAGUUACUCUUUUGAAUAA